AAAUUAUACUGGGGCGGCCUAUAAGUACCUACUUAGUCUACAAAAAAAAAACGAAAAUUUUGGAAAGUGGGGAUUUAUUUCUCAAGGUAGUCGUUUUAGUUCCUUACACUUGACCCAACGAUGCUCCAACUUCUUUUACCCCUCUGAAAAAUACGUUUUCCACCUACCUCUACCGAAAGUAUACUUUUCCGGACCUGAUUGCAGGGAGCAAAGUCGUACUUUUCCUCCCUAGGGAGGAAAAGUAAAAGUGACGUCAUGGUAUUUCAUUCAUGAAAUAUAACUUAUUGACGCCCUGUACAAUAUCUAUUUUCUAUUACGUUAGAUCGCCUCUUCGUGCUGCUGGAGACCGGUAGUUCAUCGGUUACUCGUUCUGCAGCUGCAAAACAGCUAGGAGAAGUGCAGCGACUGCAUCCGCACGAAUUGAAGACGCUACUGUCCAGAACUGCCACCUAUUUGAGAUCAACUUCCUGGGAAACUCGAAUAGCUGCCUCAGAAGCGAUUAGACACAUCGUAGCCAAUGUACCACAAUGGAAUCCACAAGGAGUCGAUAUAAAAGAAGAGGAAGAUGGACAGUCUCCGUCGCUAUCUACCAUUGGAAGACUACGAUUUAGUCAGUUUAGUAUGCCAACUGUACUAGCGAAUAGUACUCAUCUGAUGGCGUCAGAGGGAAAAGAAUUCGACUUGAAUGACGAUCCAACAAUGGAUUCCAAAGAAAGAAUGGCGAAACAACGGCAACAGCUGAACGCUAGAUUAGGACUGAAUCUGGCCGCACAAAUGGGGUUUGAUACGUCAAAUCUGUUUACCAAUGAAGAUCUGAUCAAUAAUUCUGAUAAAAUGAGUAGUGUUAGUGUUAGGAAAAAUGUUCAAGAAGUGAUUUGUCCGACAAACAAAGAACUGAGCCUGAGAGAAAUAAAUAGAGCUAAGCGGAAAGCCAGACAGGCUGUGAGUAAACAAAGAUCUAGAGAUAACUUAGACGAUAAUAGCUCCGAAGAACCCGAAAAGAAGAAACCCAAGACUGAAUUGAAAGAGGAAUAUACCAGUCAGUUCGAUGUUGAGCUAGGAGAUGCUGGCGACUGGCCGCUGGAAUGGUUCUGUGAUCAAUUAAGUCAAGACUUAUUUAGUUGUAGUUGGGAAACUCGUCAUGGGGCAGCUACGGCUCUGCGAGAGGUCCUGUCUGUUCACGGAUCUGGAGCAGGAAAGGCAACCUAUUUGUCAUCGAAUCAGAUGGACCUGUGCCACCAAAUUUGGCUAGAAGAUAUGGCAAUAAGACUGUUAUGCGUUUUGGCUCUAGACAGAUUCGGCGAUUUCGUAUCUGACGCUGUGAUCGCUCCGGUUAGAGAAACGUGUGCGCAAUCGUUAUGCGCAGUCAUGAAACUCAUGACGUCACAAUCGUGUUACGAGGUUUUAAAGAUACUUCUGCAGCUAAUGGACCAUGCGGAAUGGGAAGCUAGGCACGGAGGUCUCUUGGGAUUAAAAUAUCUACUUGCCGUGAGAGAAGACAUGAUAGACAGUUUUCUCCCAGAAAGCUUCCCGUUUAUCCUACUAGGACUCUCCGAUCCAGUCGAUGACGUGAGCGCAGUUGCCGCUUCUGCAUUAAUACCCGUGGCAGAAAAACUGACUGACCUUGUACCUGAACGUAUCCCAGAAGUCGUCACGAAGCUUUGGGACUUGUUGUCCGAGCAAGACGAACUGGCAGCUGCUUGUAAUAGUUUCAUGGGGUUGCUGGCUGCGGUAUUAAAUCUGCCGAAGAUGCAGGCGUUGUUGCCAGCGCAACCUUUGAAUGAAGUUGUUCCCAGGUUGUGGCCGUUUUUGAGCCACGGAACAAGUUCCGUCAGGAAGGCAACACUGCAAACUUUAAGUACAUUAACUGAAAAACCAAAAAGUGGUACUGCGAUCCUUUGGGAUGCUCAACUACUCCAAGACGCUCUUCGGCACAUCUACCAAAGAGUUCUGGUCGAGCCCAAUCCUGACGUACGCCUCGUGGCCGAAAAAGUGUGGUACAAUUUAAUAGAGAAUUCCAGACUGGUCGAAUUGUUGCAUGCCGCUUGUCCGUUCAUAACCGUUUGGUUGUACCUUUGUAUGCAACCCGUACGACUGCCUUUCGAUACGAACUUCCUCAUUCACGCCAAGUCGCAUAAGAAAAAAUCGGAUGCGUUGAACAGUUUCGAUCACACGGUUGUGCCACCCAAGAUGUACAUAGGAGGUAUCGAAACCACUUCAACUCUGGUUAGGGAGCAAAACGCUAUACCAGUUCGUUGCGCUGCCUCAAGAAUGUUAGGUUCCCUUUCCCGAUAUAUUACAAAGCCAGCACCAGGUGUAGAUUAUGCCACUAAUGGUCUGGAAAAUCCCAUAGACUCUUACGUAAAAGUUCUAAUGGUCCAUUUGAAUUCAAAAUCAGCCCUCCAACGUAUGGUAACAGGUCUAGUCAUAGCCGAAUGGGCUAAAGCCGAUAAAGACGUAGAAACAUGUCCCCUUAACCUGAAGACUCGCUUGCUCGAAUGCCUCAACGAGUUCCUCUACUUCGAUGAAAUUGCUCAUAGUUUUACGCGUCUAGCUCAGGAAACUAAAGACUUUUUGGCUACUUUACGUCAUUAUAAAGUGCCUAUACCGGGCAAUAACGAAAAUGUCCUCACGCUCGACCAAAUCGAGCAAGUUACUGGCCCGGAGACUCAAUCGAUUCUAGUCAAUAUUAAGAUGAAACCCAAGGUAUUGGAAAGUUUGGAGGAGAGGAGGAGAAAUAUCCACAACUCCGUGUCGCAGACCAAUAAAGAUCAGACAAGGCUUAGUACUAGCACGAUGGCCGCAAUAGCGGGCGCAGCCGUUAUGUUUAGAGUGAUCCCUGAAAAGUUUGUAUCAAUGGUAAAGCCCUUAAUGAAGUCGCUGAACAAUGAAAGUAACGAGGAAUUGCAGAAGAUAGCAGCGGAACAUUUAUCGAUAUUAAUAGAUCAGACUAGAGACAGGCAAAAUAAUCCCAACGAAAGAAUCAUUCAACAUGUCAGUAAUUAUUUAAAGAGCGAUCCUGAGUAUACUCCUGUAAUUUAUAAACACCAAGAGGAAGAAAGUUCUUCCCAGAAGGAUUUUCUUAAACCGGGAAACUAUAAUGGUAUAGUUACACUAAAUAACCAACAAAGAACGGCCGAAAGAGCGGCUUUAAAGAGAUGUAACAGCACGGGACGAGGCCCUGGUAGACCCCCAGCGACUGAUAUUCCAAUGGACGAACUAUUUAAAGAAGAAGAUGAAGCUCAGAAAACCAAUGCAAUUCUGAGACGAGGUGGUACCCAAGCUCUCGUGGCCCUUGUCAAACAUUUUGGAGAACACGUACCAACAGCUGUACCUAAACUGUGGGAAUUAAUGAUCGGUCGAUUGACCGAGUCCAUAGAUCCGUUUAAUUUCAUUGCUCAAGAUUUUUAUGGCAAGGACGAGCAAGCGGAAACAAUUUUGUGGUCCUUACAGGUUUUGGAGGUGACCGUUACUAGUCUACACAAAUCGUUGCUACCGGAAAUAAUGCAAAAGGCUCUAAUAAGACUCUGUGUUUUGCUUUCGCAUCCUUAUCGAGCUGUAAGACACUUAGCAUCACGUUGCUUAGCCACAUUUGCCAAACUCGAUUCUGUAAGAGUCAUGGAAAUGGUGGUUAGUAUAGUAUUACCAAAGCUAGGAGCUACAGACUGCGAUAUAGAUAGACAAGGUGCUGUCGAAGCCAUCACCUGCAUAGUAGAAGAGUUAAAAUUCGACAUAAUUCCUUACGUAGUACUGUUGGUUGUACCGUUACUCGGUCGAAUGUCGGACCAAAAUAUGUGCGUUAGGCUCAUGGGCACCCAUAGCUUUGCCACGUUGGUACAGUUGAUGCCGUUGGACGGGGGCGUACCGGAACCACCUGCACUAAAAGGAAGUAUUUUGAACGUGCGAAGAGACAAAGAAAGGGAAUUUCUGCACCAGCUUCUUACUCCCUCUUCGAUACCGGAUUAUCACGUUCCUAUUCCAAUUGAGGCAGAGCUGAGAAGUUACCAACAGGCCGGUGUUAACUGGUUGGCAUUUCUUAACAAAUACAAGUUGCAUGGCAUUCUGUGUGACGAUAUGGGUUUGGGAAAGACAUUGCAGAGUAUUUGUAUUCUCGCCGGAGAUCAAUAUGACAGAGAACAACGGUACAAAGAAACCAAAUCUCCUGAUUGUGCUUCACUACCAUCUAUGGUUAUUUGUCCGCCUACUCUCACUGGCCAUUGGGUUUACGAAGUGGAAAAAUUCCUCAAACACAAGUAUCUACGUCCUCUACAGUACAACGGAUCACCCACCGAGAGAGAGAAACUGAGACACAAAUUUCGAAAAUUUAAUCUGAUAGUUGCCUCGUAUGAUAUCGUUCGUAAGGACAUAUCAUUCUUCUCUGGUAUUAAAUGGAAUUACAUAAUCCUCGAUGAAGGACACGUCAUCAAAAACGGUAAAACGAGAACAAGUGUAGCGAUAAAGGCGCUGGUAGCCAACCACAGACUGAUCCUGAGCGGCACUCCCAUCCAAAACAACGUCCUGGAACUUUGGAGUCUUUUCGAUUUCCUAAUGCCAGGCUUCCUUGGAACGGAAAAGCAAUUCACAGCCAGAUAUUCCCGACCUAUUUUAGCCAGUCGGGAUCCGAAGUGUUCUCCCAAGGAACAGGAAGCUGGAGUAUUAGCCAUGGAGGCGUUACACAGACAAGUAUUGCCGUUUUUGUUGCGAAGAAUGAAGGAGGACGUUUUGGACGAUUUACCACCGAAGAUCACGCAGGAUUAUUACUGCGAAUUAAGUCCUUUGCAAGAGCAACUGUACGAAGACUUUUCCAAAAGUCAGGCUCAUCAAACCCUACAGGAAUCUAUUUCUGCCAGCGGUUCAUCAGGAUCUAUUCACAAUACACACAUAUUCCAAGCACUCAGAUACCUACAGAACGUCUGUAAUCACCCGAAGUUGGUACUAAAUGCUACACAUCCGCACUAUCAACAAAUCAACGCCAAACUACAAGAAAAAAAUUCAAGAUUGGAAGAUAUUAGUCAUUCAGCAAAGUUACCAGCUCUUAAGCAACUUCUUCAAGACUGCGGUAUAGGCGUCAACGACAAUCCUGAUAAAGAAUCAACUGACAUUGUCAUCAACCAACACAGAGCUUUAGUAUUCUGCCAACUGAAGGCUAUGUUGGACAUCAUAGAAGAGGAUCUAUUCAAGAAAAAUAUGCCUGGCGUUUCUUAUUUGCGACUGGAUGGUUCCAUACCCCCAAUACAUAGACAUUCAGUGGUUACAAGGUUUAACAAUGAUCCCUCCAUCGACGUCCUGUUAUUAACGACGCAAGUUGGAGGACUGGGCUUGAAUCUGACAGGCGCCGAUACGGUGAUUUUCGUCGAACACGAUUGGAAUCCUAUGAAGGAUCUACAAGCCAUGGAUAGAGCUCACAGGAUCGGCCAGAGGAAGGUUGUGAAUGUCUACAGGCUGAUCACAAGAGGAACCUUGGAAGAGAAGAUUAUGGGAUUGCAGAAGUUCAAGCUCCAGACUGCCAACACCGUGAUCAGUGGCGAAAACAGCCAGAUGGAGACCAUGGGUACCGACCAAUUACUCGACUUGUUCUCACACAAAUCAACAUCAAACGGAGAUUUGGCUUCUGGUAGUGGGAAGUCCGGUGUAGGCGGAAUGAAGGCCGUUUUGGAUUCGUUGCCGGAACUUUGGGACAGUAGACAGUACGACGAUGAGUACGAUUUGUCUCAAUUUAUGUCCAAAUUGAAGUAGAUGAGGUAAUUGUUGCUGUGAAUAUUGAAGCAAUAACUAAACUAUUAGGAGUGUAACCGUUGGGUCUGUAGGAUAUAUUACCAAAGAAUUAUUUAUUUUCACAUUAAACCUUUCACAUGUUGAAAACCAUCAUUCAUCUUUAAGCUACUGUAGGAUAGAAAUAAGUAGGAUCACAUAUCUAGAAUACUUUUUUUUUGUUUAUUUAACAUAAAUAUGUUUGUCAAAAAAAUUCGAAUUCUUUUUGUACUGUUUAGGGUUUCCAAGUUCUACUCUUAUAAUAUGUAUUUAACAGCAUGUUUUUUUUUAAAUACAUAUAAGGUUUGUGUUUACGUGAUAUGCUUACCGGACCUCCAAUAAAAGGAAUAUAUGCACAAAAAUAUAACAAAAUUGUGAAUAUAUAUUAUAUUAUAAAUGGAAUAUAAUAACAAAAUUGAGGAUAACACAUAACCUUGUCUGACCCCUCUUUGAAUGACAAUUUUGUCUGUUUCUUUGCCGUCUACCAGAAUGGAAGCGUCUUGAUUCUAAUAUAGGAACCAAUUAAAAGUUUCGAGAUCUUUAUCAUCUAUUCCAAUCAUUUAUAGAUACUCAAACAGCCUAUCAUGUUGGAUCCUAUCAAACGCCUUUUCAAAAUCUAUAAAGCAGGCGUAAAUUGGUUUCUGUACUUCCCAUGAUCUUUGAAGUAAUGUUAGCAUUGAGAACAAAGCUUUCCUUGUUCCCAAUCCUUCUCUGAAACCGAAUUGUUUGUUUCCCAUCGUUUCUUCACAUUUCUGCUUAAUUCUGUUAAGAAUUAUCUUGAGAAGCAAUUUGAGAGAGUCAGUCAUGAGACUGAAAAUCUUUAGGCGAUGAGGUAUUUUGAGCUUUUCUUCACUUCAUACAUUUCAAUAAAAAAUAUUUUGGACAUUUGUCCAACUGGUUAAGUCGUAAACGAAAAGUGCUCAAAUCGUCUUUUUGCAAACAAUUGGCGGUUUGCGCCGCACCCAUCCAAUGCGCUCCUUUGUUGUUGACUUUUGCGCAUAUAUUCUUUGUUGUAAUACUUUAUUUAUUUUGUUGGGAAGUAGUUUGAUGGACUUUUUGUUAACGUAUAAAUUUUAUUUUUUUAAUUUGUAUUAAUUAUCAUCCUCAUUAGCAUCGAUAAUUUAUAUACCAUGGGAAAAAUACCAAUCACAUUUAACUCAUAUCGAUUUAUUUUUAGUAUCAAUAAAUAUUAUUAUUUACAAUAAGGGAUUUACUUGUGUAUUUCUACAUUUGUUUAUUUAUAUCUACCAGUUGUAGAUGUAUGCUGAAGGAAUAGUUUAAAAAAUAUGGCUUACGAAAUAAAAUUUUCGAACCCAAUAUACUUUUUUUAAUUUGGCAUUUGGUUAUUUACUAUUUUUGUUAAUGCAUUUUAUACCUGAGCAAACUUAUUAAACAGAUAUGUUUAGUGUUUAUUGGAGAAUAUUUUACAUGUUUGGAUUUUUCUUGAAAAAAUUAAAGUUUUCUAUUGUAUGGUUAUAGUAGGGGAGGACAGUAUGCUAAAUUUGCAGUUACUCGAGCGUUAUGGGGACCUAUUGGGAUGUGAAGAGUAGGGCCUAAAACCAUAAAAAUUUAAGUUAGGUUUUCCAUAAAGUGGGGACUUUCCAUUUUUUAAUUUAAUUUUUCCAUUUCCAACAAUCGUUUUUUCCGAUUAUAACGCCAUCUAUCCAUAAUUCAAAAAAAUGUCUCGAAUAAAAGUUGCUUAUUUUCACGUAAAGAAGUCAAAUCUGCAAUAAAAAUUGGGGCAUCCUACUUAAGAUUUUAAAAGAACCCCCCACCCCACCUCCGUGGAGGUCGUGUUUGGUGUCACUAGAUACAUUUUUCAAAAAUAUUGAAUACGUUUAUUUUUUUGUUUUUCGAUCUGAUGUUCAUUUCGCGAAAUAUAGCGGGGUUAGUAUUUAAAAUUUUUAAAUUUACCCCCACCCCUCUCCGUUUGGGGGGUCGUGUCUGGUAUCAUUCGAUAGAUUUUUGAAAAAUAUUGAACACGUAUUUUUAAGUUUUUCGGAAUGUCAUUCAUUUCGCGAAAUAUUCGCUUUUUUCUUGUGAAACUUUGUGACUCACCCUUUUUCCUUACGCCCCGCUCAAAUCGAUAUUUGAAAUGUACACUGUUUUGCAUGUACUUAACUUACCUUAUCUUAAACUGACGAUUUUGAGUUUUUCUAAGGAUAUUUUUUUUUUCGCCCCCCCUCCCCCCUGCAUUAAGAGCCAAUAUAUGGCAGAGGUACAUUUACAGGGUACAAGGUUUCUCCCCAUCUGAUAAUCUGACGCGCUCGAGUAACUGCAAAAAUCCCCGCUUGGGCUCCCCUACCAUUAUAAUUCACAAUUUUUUAACCCUUUUUUGUCGUUAGAAUUUUUUAGAGAUUUUUUAACGAAUGUAAAUUAGUCCAUGUGGUGAGACCGCUCCCGUCUGGAAAAAUUUCUGAUUCGGUUUCUUUUUAGUGGAUUCCUAUUCAAAAAUGUUCUCUUUAACAAAUCUGAAGGGUGCCGGCCGGAAUUUUUGGGCAGAAAUUGUUAAAACAAUUUUUUUUAAACAAAUACAAAAGAUUACGUUUUUUGCUCCGGAACAUAUAUUUUUAAGUUUUGUGGGUCAUUCUAUACAAAACAGGUAUCUUGUAAAUUUUCUCAAAAAUUGAUAGUUUUCGAGCUAUAGGCGAUUUAAAAUCUGAAAAAUGCGAAAAUACGCAUUUUCGAGGCUUAAAAACUCAUAUUUAAAUUAAUAUUUUUGAGUUUGCCAGAUACUUAAAUUGAAGUUUAAACAUUCAGCUUCAAGAUUCUGAAGUGUGAUCGCGCCUAACCUUAAUUUAAACCGUUGGUUUGUAAUGGACAGCCUAAGUCUGACGUCACAAAUGUCACAAAAUCGGGAGGAGCUUAUAUUGACUCCAAACAAUUUUGUUUGUAACGUUAAAUUGUCAUAAGGAAUUUUUCAUUUAUGUGCUUUGUGUGGCAAAAUAAAACUUCAUUUAGGUAUUUCGUUUUGGUUAAUUAAGAGCUUUUUAUUCGUUUUUGCUCAGGUGGUUUUUAUUCCUUAGUGGUUGAAAAUAAACAUAACCUCAAAACUGUUUACGUUCUUAUCAUUGCAUUAAAUUAACUCACCUGGACAAAAACGAAUAAAAAUCUCUUAACUGACACGUUUCUUUAACUAAAUACCUAAAUGAAAAGUCUUAUUUUGUCACACAAACCACGUAAACAAUAAAUGAAAAAUUCCUUAUGAGUGUUUAACCUUAUAAACAAAAUUGUUUGGAGUCAAAUAUAAGCUCCUCCCAAUUUUGUGAGGUCAAGACUUGGAUGUCCAUUGUUAAAUUAUGCACGUCCAUCCGAUUUUUUCUACUACUAAUCUCCUAUUUUUCUACGAAAAAUAUUUUUUCUAGAUUCUUUGGGACAUUGUAAAUAAAAUAAGUUUCUUGACUUUUUCUAAAAAGUUGAUAGUUUUAAAGUUAUAAGCGAUUUAAAAUCCGAAAAUGCGUUUUUUUGGCACUUUUUGGAUUUUAAAUCGCUUAUAACUUUAAAACUAUUAACUUUUCAAAAAAAUUUUAAGAAACUUGUUUUAUUUAGAAUAUCCCAAAGAAUCUAGAAAAAAUAUUUUUCGGAGGAAAAUAGGAGAUUUUUGAAAUGGAGCGCGCCGCACCGGCAAAAAAAUCGGAUAAACACGUAUGUUUAACAAUUAAAAAACAACAGUACAAGUUAAGGUUAGUUUAAUCUUCAAUGUAAGUAUGUGGCACCCUCAAAAAUACUAAUUUAAAUAUGAGUUUUUAAGCCUCGAAAAUACGUAUUUUCGCAUUUUUCAGAUUUUAAAUCACCUAUAAAUCGAAAACUAUCAAUUUUUGAGAAAAAUUACAAGAUACCUUUUUGGUUUAGAAUGAUCCAAAAAACCUAAAAAUAUACGUUCCAGACCAAAAAAACGUGAUCUUUUGUAUAUGUUUAAAAAAAUUGUUUAAACAAUUUCUGCCCAAAAAUACCGCCCGACAUUUUUGAAUAGGAAUCCACAAAGAAACCGAAUCAGAAAUUUUCUCAGACGGGAGCGGUCUCACCACAUUGACUAAAUGUUUUCUUCCUAGAAUGAAAACCCGAAUAACCAGCUUUUUAACUCUAUUGAGGUCUCACUAAAGGACUUUCUAUACGUAUUUUCAGGAAAUUUUUCUCACCAUUCUGAGAGUGAAUAUCGAAAUUAUAACAGAAUUUUGAAAAUAUUUCCAGUUUUUAAUGAUACCGGAUUUUCCAUGGUAUCAUGGUUUCCGAACUUAUUAUCCAUCCUCUGGAAUUGCUUUGUCUUUAUAGUAUACGUUCUUUGUAACCAUCUUCUGAGACUUUGGAUUUUGCCGGUUCUCAAUAGUUUCUAUGGCGAGCUUUGGAUUAAUGGAUAAUGUUUACCAAAUCAUAUCAAUAAGAGCAAAUAAAAAUAGGUCACAAAAUUCAAAAAAAAAAAAAAUUCGUAGCCCUGGUUUCUUUUUUAGGCGUAUUAUUCAAUAUAAUUCACUUCAGAAGCAUAAUUUAUAUAUUAUGCAGUAAUACUGUAGUUUAAAGUGGAAUUAAUUUGACUUUUAUUGUGUGUGUUGAUGUACUAAAAUGUAAUAUGCAAGUAAAAUACAUUUUUGUAACUGAUUGAAGCUGUAUAGCAAUAAAUAUUUGUAAGAA